GGGUCUUUUCAGCGAGGCGCUGGCUUCGGUGCAGGACGAUCAGCUGUGGCAGUCAGACUGUCUCGUCUAUGCUUCACUAACCUUCACCAGCCAGACAUGGAGAGUCGGAAGCGGCCGUCACAGGCGAGUUCUGAGCCGGAGGACAGCUUCACGACGCCGCAGAAACGUGUGUCCGCGGAGCAGCUGCUUGACGCGGACUACUCGCGGUGGGGAGUGGAGGGAACGUGCCGCUAUCUGCGGACAGAGGGUCUCGAAAAGUGGGAAAAUACGUUCAGAGAGGAAAAAGUCACCGGCGUCGGACUGCGAUACCUGACGGACCCGGACCUGCAGAGGAUCGGCGUCACGUGUCUCGGUGACCGUCUGCAGAUCCUGCACAGCCUCAGGAAGCUGUGGCAGACGAGGAGCGAUUCAUACAAGGUCUUCAACGAUCCCAUCCACGGACACGUGGAGUUGCAUCCGCUUCUCAUCAAAAUCAUCGACACCCCUCAGUUCCAGAGGUUACGAAACAUCAAGCAGCUCGGAGGAACCUACUUUGUUUUUCCUGGAGCGUCCCACAACCGCUUUGAACACAGCAUUGGGGUUUGUCAUCUGGCAGGACGUCUUGUUCAAGCUUUGAACGAGAGGCAGCCGGAGCUGCUCAUCUCUUGCAGAGACAUCCUGUGUGUGCAGAUCGCCGGCCUGUGCCACGACCUGGGACAUGGACCGUUCUCCCACAUGUUCGAUGGUAUGUUCAUCCCCAAAGCUCGACCAGGACUUGACUGGAAGCACGAGAUGGCCUCUGUGGCCAUGUUCGACCACCUGGUGGAGGCCAAUGAGCUGAAGCCAGUGAUGGAGCAGCACGGCCUGGUGCUGCAGGAGGACCUGGACUUCAUCAAGGAGCAGAUUGCUGGACCACUCGACACCAACGCAACUCAAAGCCAGAAGUGGCCGUAUAAAGGCCGUCCAGAGGACAAGUCCUUCCUGUAUGAAAUCGUGGCCAACAAAAGAAACGGCAUCGACGUGGAUAAGUGGGAUUACUUCGCCAGGGAUUGCUACCACCUCGGCAUUCAGAACAACUUUGACCAUCGGCGCUUCCUGAAGUUCGCCCGGGUGUGUGAGGUGGACGGCCAGAAAAACAUCUGCACCAGAGACAAGGAAGUGGGGAAUCUGUACGACCUGUUCCACACCAGGAACUGCCUCCACAGGAGAGCCUACCAGCACAAAGUCGGAACCAUCAUCGAGAUCAUGAUCACUGAGGCUCUUUUAAAAGCAGACAGACACAUCAAGAUCAGGGGCUCGGGAGGGAGGAUGUUCUCCCUCUCUGAGGCCAUCGACGACCCGGAGGCCUACACCAAGCUGACAGAUCAUUUAUUUGAGCAGAUCCUCUACUCCUCCUCCCCGGAGCUGGAAGAGGCGAGAGAGAUCCUGCACAACAUCACCACCAGACGCCUCUACAAGUGUCUCGGUCAAACAACUCAGGAAGCAAACAUGCCCACCAACCUCAGCCAGGAGACAAUCAAGAAGUGGGAAGCAGAACUGGCUGCAUCCGUCCCUCAGAGCAGCUCUCAGGAAGUCGACCUGCAGCCGGAGGACUUCAUCGUCACUGCCAUUGUCAUGGACUACGGGAUGAAAGAGAAGAACCCCAUCAACAACGUGCGCUUCUAUUGCAAGGAUGACAAAAAUAAAGCCAUCCAGAUACGCAAGAACCAGGUAUCUAAACUCCUCCCAGAGUGCUUUGCUGAGCAGCUGAUCAGAGUCUACUGCAAGAAGACGGACGAGAGGAGCUUGGAGGCGGCCAAGAAGCACUUUGUGCAGUGGUGUAUGGACAAGAACUUCUCCAAACCUCAGGACGGAGACAUAAUCGCUCCGGAGCUGACCCCCCUGAAGGCCAGCUGGGCCAGCAGCAACGAGGGAGACGCCAGAGGGGCCAACGGCCUGAACGGGUCCGCCAGGGCCAAAACGCAGCUUCACUUUCAGUGAGAGGAAAACUCCCUGCUGCACGUCAGGAGGAAGAUCUGGUCAGAGGAAGACUCUCUGCGUCUCUGUGGGGUCAGUUUAUACCAGCAGGUGUUUUAUACCAAAAUGAGCCGUUCUACGAAGAUGUGAACUCCAACUUGUUCUCGGGAUUUUCACAGAGAAAUUGUUAAAUUUUUAAAUUGAGAUUGAGUCUGAUAUCAUGUAUCAAAGCGCACAAUAGAUUUUUCUGGGAGGCUUUUUUAAAGUCAACUUUGCAGGGAAAAGACCAUUUUUCCCACUUCGGCACAAACCUUGAAAACGAACUGUGUUUUUAUGAACAUGUUUACAUCAGGAGUUUGUUUCACUUUAUUUAAAGAUUUGAUUUGGGUUUUGUUCUGGUCCUAUAUUUAUUUACAGGUUGUUGUUUUUUUUAAGUUCCCUAUUUAUUCUUACACCAUUCAGGUCUGCAUGUUCUUUCUUUCACCUCUCAAAUUGUAUUUUUAUAGUUUUCCUUUAACAAAAAUUCUUUUAAAUUUUUUGAUUGAUUUUGUUCAAAAAAAAAUAUUUGGGAGAAAAAAGUGUGAAGGGACUGUAAACCAACUCCAUGUUCAAAAUAAACUGUUCAUGUCCUCUGAA